AUAAUUAGUGCAGAGAGCCUAUAAAUACUUGGAUCUUCUUCAGAGGUGCCUUGGUCUCUCUUAUUGCUUAACACAAAUUCAGAAGAAACAUCCUAGAAAAAGAGAGAAAAUGUUUGCUGGAGAAAAUGGUUUGCAAGGAGACCCGAGAUUGAAGGCAAUAUCAGAUGCCAUAAGAGUAGUCCCUCAUUUUCCUAAACUAGGAAUUAUGUUUCAAGACAUAACAACACUGUUACUUGAUCACAAAGCUUUCAAAGACACUCUGGAUAUUUUUGUUGAUCGUUACAGAGAUAUGGGUAUCUCUGUUGUUGCUGAUGUUUUUGCAGGAGUAGAAGCUAGAGGCUUUCUGUUUGGGCCUUCAAUUGCAUUGGCUAUUGGUGCUAAGUUUGUUCCUCUGCGUAAACCUAACAAAUUGCCUGGAGAAGUCAUUUCUGAAGAAUAUGUACUUGAAUAUGGAAACGAUUGUCUUGAGAUUCACGUUGGAGCUAUUAAAAAGGGAGAACGUGCUAUAAUCAUUGAUGAUUUGGUUGCUACUGGAGGAACACUCUCUGCAGCAAUAAGACUAUUAGAACGCGUUGGAGCUGAAGUUGUUGAAUGCGCAUGCGUCAUCGGGUUGCCUGAGCUUAAGGGACAGUUCAGGAUAAAUGGGAAGCCAUUGUACAUUCUUGUGGAGCCGCGUCAGUGAACAUAUUGAUCUGGGUAUAUGUCCAUGUUUCCUUGAUGCAAAAAGCUGAAAAUAUUAAGAUCAAGGCUUAGUUGAAUAAAGUAAUCACUAUUUUUUUUUUUGGAUAAUUGCAGCAGCCAGUAUAAUUCAUGUUCAUCUUAACAAAUUCACUUUCUCCAGUUUUACAGAAUUAUUUGUGCAAUUACAGCUGAAACACCCUCAUUAUGUGCUCCUCUGUUCUCUCCACCACUUUGAACAGAGCUCACAAGCUUUCUGAUACCAUAUUUUCUGUUUCGUUUUGUUUUGUUUUUCACUCGUGUAUGCACUUCCCUCUUGAAAAUGAUAUGCAUUUAGGCUUUGGGUUUCAUGUUUACUUUGGUAAGUAUAAUUUGUGAUGUAUCUGUUGUAUCCCUUAAAUCAAGUUGCAUAUUUUACCAACA